UGAUUUGACUUUCACAUUCCAGAGCAACAUUGCAAAGAGAAAAGAAUCAUCAGCAAUAACCAACCAAAACUUCCACUCUUCCCAUUAACUCUAUCCGCCAAAUAGUUGUCUCUCUCCACAUAUGACCCAUUAAUGGCGGUGUCCUUCCAGAGCAGUCUAUGGGACGGUGUGGUGGAGCUGACAAAGGCGGCCCAAGACAGGGGCAGUGAGCCUCUGUCGUGGGCAAUUCAGCUUUCUUCGAAUUUGAGCUCCGCUGGGGUAUCUCUGCCAUCAGUUGAGCUCGCAAACCUUUUGGUCUCCCACAUUUGCUGGGACAACAACGUACCCAUUGCGUGGAAAUUUCUGGAGAAGGCGUUGAUGGUCAAGAUUGUGCCUCCUAUGCUCAUCCUCGCUCUGCUUUCCACCAGGGUUAUUCCAAAUCGACAUUCUCGGCCGGCAGCAUUUAGGCUUUAUAUGGAACUCCUCAAGAGACAUGCUCUCAAUAUGAAAUCUCAUAUAAAUGGGCCGGAUUAUCAAAAGGUCAUGAAUUCAAUAGACAAUGUUCUUCAUCUAUCUCAGAUAUUUGGUGUGCGAGCAAGUGAACCUGGCAUUCUUGCAGUUGAAUUUAUUUUUUCAAUUGUUUGGCAGUUGCUUGACGCAUCAUUAGAUGAUGAAGGGUUGCUGGAACUAACCCCAGAAAGGAAAUCUAGAUGGGAAACUCAUCCUCAAGAUAUGGAACUAGACGGUCAUGAUAGUUAUGAUGAGAAGAGGAUUGAGCAUCGAGAAAGAUUACAGAAUAUAAAUACUGUGGUGGCCAUAGAGUUAGUGGGGCAAUUUCUGCAAAAUAAAGUAACUUCCAGGAUUCUUUACUUGGCACGCCGAAACAUGCCCACGCAUUGGGGAUUAUUCGUCCAGCAAAUACAGCUGCUUGUAGAGAAUUCAUCAGCAUUAAGAAAUUCAAAAGUUAUGACUCCAGAGGCUCUUUUACAGUUGAUAUCAGAUACUCACAAAGUUUUGUCUCAAAAAUGUAAAACAAGUUCACUGCAGGAGUUUAAUGCGGUUAUGGCUUCUGGGUCUCCGGCUCAUUCUGCUCGUCUUUGUCAUGGUGCUAGUUGUUCUGCUCUUUGGCUUCCUCUUGAUCUUUUUUUAGAAGAUGCAAUGGAUGGGUCACAAGUUACUGAAACAAGUGCAAUUGAAAUUAUUACUGGUUUGAUGAAGGCCCUUCAAGCAAUUAAUAGCACCACCUGGCAUGAGACCUUUUUAGGGCUUUGGAUGGCAGCUCUACGUCUUGUUCAAAGGGAAAGGGAUCCAAUUGAGGGUCCUGUGCCUCGCCUUGAUACUCGCUUGUGCAUGUUAUUGUCUAUCACAACUCUUGUGAUUGCUGAUCUUAUUGAGGAAGAGGAAGAUGCCCCAAUUGAUGGGGGAGAAUGCUUCUCCACCAAUCACUGGAAGGAAAAACAGGUUCCUGGGAAGCGUCGUAUGGAUUUGGUCUCUAGCUUACAGAGUUUGGGCGAUUAUCAGGGCUUGCUGACUCCACCUCAAGCAGUAGUUUCUGCGGCCAAUCAGGCUGCUGCGAAAGCAAUGAUGCUUGUUUCAGGAAUCAAUGUUGGUAGUGCGUAUUUUGAGUGCAUCAGCAUGAAAGACAUGCCAAUCAACUGCUCUGGAAACAUGCGACAUUUGAUAGUCGAGGCUUGUAUUGCCAGAAAUUUACUUGACACAUCAGCAUAUUAUUGGCCAGGCUACGUGAAUGGACGCAUCAACCAAAUACCUCAUAGUGUGCCCGCUCAAAUGCCUGAUUGGUCAUCAUUUAUGAAGGGGGCCCCACUUACUCCACUAAUGAUAAAUGCUUUAGUCUCAGCACCUGCUUCAAGCUUAGCAGAGCUCAAGAAAGUAUUUGAACUUGCAGUCGAAGGAUCAGAAGAUGAGAAGAUAGCUGCUGCUACCAUUCUUUGUGGGGCCUCUCUAAUUUGUGGUUGGAAUAUACAGGAGCACACUGUUUAUUUUAUUACUAGACUAUUGUCUCCGCCGGUUCCUGCAGAUUAUUCUGGGAGUGACAGCCAUUUGAUACGUUAUGCUCCAAUGCUGAAUGUUCUCCUUGUUGGAAUAGCACCUGUUGACUGUGUUCAGAUUUUCUCUCUACAUGGCUUGGUUCCGCAACUUGCAGGUUCAUUAAUGCCUAUCUGUGAGGUAUUUGGUUCAUGUGUGCCCAAUGUUUCGUGGACUCUUACCACAGGGGAAGAGAUCUCUGCCCAUGCUGUGUUCUCGAAUGCUUUCGCACUUCUUCUAAAGCUGUGGAGGUUUAAUCAUCCACCUCUUGAACAUCGAGUAGGAGACGUACCCCCAGUCGGAUCCAUAUUCACUCCUGAAUACCUGCUAUUAGUACGAAACUCCCACCUAGUAUCUUCCGGAAAUGUCCACAAGGAUCGAAAUAAAGCGAGACUCUCAGCUGUUGUAAAUUCAUCAUCUCCAGAACCCAUUUUUGUGGAUUCGUUUCCAAAAUUGAAAGUAUGGUAUCGGCAACAUCAAGCUUGUAUAGCUUCAACCCUUUCUGGUCUUGUUCAUGGGACCCCCGUUCAUCAGACUGUGGAUGGGCUUCUUAACAUGAUGUUCAGAAGGAUUAGUAGAGGAACCCAGUCUUUGACUUCUGUGACAUCUGGAAGUAGUACUUCGUCCGGAGCUGGAAAUGAAGAUACCUGUUUAAGACCUACAUUACCAGCAUGGGAUGUCCUCGAAGCUGUUCCUUUUGUUGUUGAUGCCGCUCUAACAGCCUGUGCUCAUGGCAGGCUGUCUCCUCGUGAACUGUGUACAGGGCUUAAAGAUUUAGCUGAUUAUCUUCCUGCAUCUUUGGCAACCAUUGUAAUUUACUUCUCAGCUGAAGUAACUCGGGGCGUUUGGAAACCAGUAUUUAUGAACGGCACAGAUUGGCCAAGCCCUGCUGCAAAUCUCUCCAAUGUUGAGGAACAGAUCAAGAAAAUCUUAGCUGCCACUGGUGUUGAUGUCCCAAGCCUUGUUGCAGGGGGAAGUUUUCCAGCUACCCUUCCACUGCCCUUGGCUGCAUUUGUGAGUCUCACCAUAACCUAUAAACUUGAUAAAGCCUCACAACGAUUUCUCAAUCUCGCUGGGCCAGCAUUGGAGACCCUUGCGGCAGGUUGCCCAUGGCCAUGCAUGCCGAUUGUGGCUUCUUUAUGGACCCAAAAGGCAAAGCGCUGGAGCGAUUUCCUUGUCUUCUCUGCCUCAAGGACUGUCUUCCUCCACAACAAUGAUGCAGUGGUGCAACUUCUCAAAAGCUGCUUCACUGCAACACUUGGUUUAAAUGCCAGCCCUAUCUCAAGCAAUGGAGGUGUUGGAGCACUUCUUGGCCAUGGAUUUGGAUCCCAUUUCUGUGGUGGGAUUUCUCCCGUUGCACCAGGAAUUUUAUAUCUCCGAGUUUACCGGUCCAUAAGAGAGAUCAUGUUCUUAAAGGAAGAGAUAGUUUCUCUCUUGAUGCAUUCUGUGAGGGACAUAGUAUGUAGUGGGCUUUCUGAAGAGAGUUUGGAGAAGCUCCAGAAAGCAAAAAUUGGAAUGAGAUAUGGGCAGGUUUCACUUGCUAAAGCAAUGACUAGGGUGAAACUUGCUGCUUCACUUGGAGCUUCUUUAGUAUGGUUAUCUGGUGGCUUGGGGCUAGUUCAGUCGUUGAUUAAGGAAAACUUACCUUCUUGGUUUAUAUCUGUUCACAGGUCUGAGCAAGAUGACGGUUCAGGAGGUCUGGUUGCAAUGCUUGGGGGAUAUGCACUCGCUUACUUUGCCGUGCUGUGUGGAGCUUUUGCAUGGGGCGUGGAUUCAUCAUCACCAUCAUCAUCAUCAAAGCGGUGUCCAAAGAUCCUUCGGAGCCACAUGGAAUUCCUAGCAAGUGCUCUUGAUGGGAAGAUAUCACUAGGUUGUGAUCAGGCCACUUGGCAUGCCUAUGUGUCGGGGUUUGUGAGCCUAAUGGUAGGUUGCGCACCAAGUUGGGUAUUGGAGGUGGAUGUGGAGGUGUUGAAGAGACUGAGCAGAGGGCUGAGGCAAUGGAAUGAGGAGGAACUUGCUCAUGCUUUAUUAGGGGCCGGUGGGGUUGGCACGAUGGGUGAAGCUGCAGAAAUGAUCCUUCAAUAUGAAUUAUAGUCUCUCUCAGCAUCCAAAAUUUUGUAGGUUGAUAAUUUUAUUUUUAGAACUAUACUUAGUUUUCAUGCAGGAUAAGUUGUUGUGAAGAAUGUAGGGUACUAAAAUAUAUAUUUUUAGUUGAAAAUUUCAGUUGGGGAAUGGAAAGUUCUAUUCAAAUGGGUUCAGUUAAUGUAACUUAGGCUCUACUAUAAUAACGAACUUUGUAAUUUGGUACUGUAAUUGCUCUUAACCAGGUUGUGUACCAACUUUGUUUUAUAGUAAUUUGAAUUUUCCGAAGCA